AAAAGGGGGGGUGUCAGAACUGCGGCUAGAUGGAGAAAAGCAAAGACCCUUUAGAAAAAUCCCUUUCAUUGCACCCAGCUUGGUGAAGAAAGUGAAAAGAGAAAGAAAGGGGAAAGCAGGAGGGAAGGGAGCCAUCGUGAACUGGACAUUGCCUGGAGCCCGUUUUGUGUAGCAGAAAAACUGCUGAGCUGCCUACAGCAGAUCUACAUGGCAAAGCCCUCAGUCUAAAAGAAGGUUCCGAGAGAACCACUUCUUGAAAGGAGAGUUUCCCGGAAGGUCAAUCCCACAAUGAACUGGGCACCGGUUGUGAGUUUAACUGUGUUGUGCGCUGCGUGGCUAGUGUGUGGCGUGGAAAAGCCAUUGAGGCAAGCUGACAGAGGGAGGCAUGGAGUUAGGAAAGUGCCUCUGGCCUACAGGGGCAGUAGCAAAUCAGCUUCACAGACGAGGAGAGCUGAGGUGUCCCACAGACUUUUAAGCCCUUCUGGGAGGUUUCCUCAACGUCCUCUUGUCAAAAGGGAUUCUUUGGAACCAAAAAGGCCACAAGCAGCACCACUAGAAGAUGACUCCCAUGCCCAGGUGAAGAAUGGUGGGACUAAAGUACGGCUGACACAAAGACCUAAGGUGGAAAUGGUUAAGGAUGAAGGGCCAUCCACUGCGUUUCGAUCGCGCACAGUGCGUUUCCCAUCUGGGUCUAGUUCCCCCAAUAUUCUGGCUAGCUUUGCUGGGAAGAACAGAGUCUGGAUUAUCUCUGCUCCUCAUGCCUCUGAUGGUUAUUACCGGCUCAUGAUGAGCCUCCUGAAGGAUGAUGUCUAUUGUGAACUGGCCGAGAGGCAUGUCCAGCAGAUUGUCUUGUUCCAUGAAGAGGGUGAAGAGGCAGGGACAGUCAGGAAGAUAACCACGGAAGGGAAAAUCCUGGAACAACCUUUAGAUCCCAGCCUCAUUUCCAAACUCAUGAACUUUCUGAAGCUGGAGAAGGGCAAAUUUGGCAUGGUGCUGCUAAAGAAGACAUUGCAAGUAGAGGAACGAUACCCUUAUCCAGUUAGGCUGGAGGCCAUAUAUGAAGUCAUUGACCAGAGUCCCAUCAGGAAAAUUGAGAAAAUAAGGCAAAAAGGCUUCAUCCAGAAAUGCAAAGCUGCUGGGAUAGAAGGCCGGGUUGUUGAGGAAGGCAACAAUGGUGCUAGUGUCACUAGGGCAACACCAGGUGGUGGACAUGUCCAACCAGGACCCAGGAAAGAAGAAACAAGGAAAAGCAUUGUGCAGCCAACACGGGUUAAAACUGUGAAGAAGUUUUCGACAACAACACUGUCUCCCCCUCCAACUAGGGCUCCGACUCUUCCUCCCACAACUCUCAGGCCAAUCACCAGAAUGAUGACAAUAGCAAGCAGGCCUACAACCACCACCACCAUGACUGUGCCUACUACACAGAGAACUUGGACCACAAAAUCACACACCUUACUCCCCACAGCUCCUGAGGUGACUGAUGCUCGGGUAACAGAGAGUUUCUCCUCCCCUGUAUGGAAAGAAAACCGCAGAGAAAGGAAUCCAGCCCACACACAGAGACAACAGACCACUACAAGGAGACCCAGCAAAGCCACUCAUUAUGACACCCACUCAGAGGUCCCAACAGCCACCUCGGAGCAUCCCACAAGGGCAAGUGCCGGACGAUACAGAGACAACCGCACAGACCGGAAGGACGAUAACAGUCGAGGUUCCAGUGUCACAGCAGGCCAGCACAAGCCUGCUAAAAGCAAACCACCUAAAAAGAAAGCUCAAGAGAAAAUACUGAGCAAUGAAUACGAGGAUAAAUACGAUUCAGGGCAGCCUGCUGUUCCUCGCUUAGAGGAAAAUGUUCCGGCGGGACAUAUCCCGCCAAAGAAAGGGAAAGAUCCAAGGAAACAUGACCGCUUAGAUAAACCUGAGAAGAAGAAGAAAGAAAGAUCAGAGAAGAAAAAUGAGAAACAGGCCAAGAAGGACAAAGCUGAAAAGAAAAACAAGCAAGAGAAAGAGCGCAACAAGAAAAACAAGAAAGGAAGCAAAGCGGACAGCGAGGGAGUCCUGAAGUCCAAUGCCAAGCCUUUCACGCAAACCCCCAGGAAAUCUGUAACAACACUUUUGGAUUUAUUUGAAGGCAGAAGACGUCUCCUGCUGAUCACAACUCCCAAGGUUGACAGCACCAUGUAUGUGCAACAGAGAGAUGAGUAUCUGGAGAGCUUUUGCAAAAUGGCAACUAGAAAAAUCUCAGUGAUCACCAUCUCUGGCACCGUGAACAACAGCCGCAUGAAGAUCGACCACUUCCAGCUAGACAAUGAGAAGCCCAUGAAAGCAGUAGAGGAUGAAGACCUCGUGGACCAGCGUCUCAUCAAUGAGCUGAGGAGAUAUGGAAUGAAAUACAAUGACUUCUUCAUGGUGCUAACUGACACUGAUAUGAGGGCCAAGCAAUACUAUGAAGUGCCCAUAGCAAUGAAGUCUGUUUUUGAUUUGAUUGACACCUUCCAAUCACGUCUCAAAGAUAUGGAGAAGCCGAGAAACGUGACGGCAACCUGCAAAGAUGACAAGACAACAGUCCUGGAAAACUUUUUGUCCAGGUUUCGAUGGAGGAGGAGGUUGCUAGUGAUAUCUGCUGCCAAUGAUGAAGACUGGGCAUAUUCACAGCAGCUUGCAGCCCUUACAGGGCAAGCCUGCAAUUUUGGUCUGCGUCACAUAACUGUCCUCAAGCUGUUAGGUGUGGGAGAAGAUGGUGGAAUGCUGGAAUUGUAUCCAAUCAAUGGGAGCUCCAGCGUGGACAGGGAAGAGCUCCCUGCUCAUUUGGUGAAAGACAUCCGCAAUUAUUUCCAGAUCAGCCCCGAAUAUUUCUCUAUGCUUCUGGUUGGAAAAGAUGGGAACGUCAAAUCCUGGUACCCUUCCCCAAUGUGGUCCAUGGUGAUAGUGUACGAUUUGAUUGACUCUAUGCAACUUCGACGGCAGGAGAUGGCCAUCCAGCAGUCUCUCGGCAUGCGGUGCCCAGAAGACGAAUACGCCGGGUAUGUACAUGGUUAUCACCAAGGGUACCAGGAAGGCUACCAAGAUGAUUACCGCCAUCAUGAAAGUUACCACCAUGGAUACCCCUAUUGAAAUUAGGAACUUAACCUUUAUCUGCACCCUGCUUUCAUCUUGUAGCCAUUCAGACCACAAGCAGCCAGACGUGGGAACCAUUUUAUGGUCACCUGACCAUGUUUCUUUCCUUCCCUCAUUCAUUCAUUCAAGGGACUACUAAAGUAUUGGACUUUGGCCUUCUCUAUAACAUGCAUGAUGUGAAAUAGGUCAAACCAGUAUCAUUGGUGCCUUAUGGAAUAAAGACUCCUUUAUAUUCUGG